AUGCCGUCUCAGACACUGUCACUGUGCGGAAACAGCUCCGAAUUGGAAUGUCAUUUUUUCCCACCCAUAGAUGUGGGUGACAAAUCUGAAAUCGGGCUUCUAAGUAUGCAAACAUAUAAUUCUAUACCUAACGUCGAGACUGGAUGCGAUACUCUGCAUAUUAUUCACGGCGAACAGUCCGAGAUCACUAAGAUUAAAAUACCUACUGGGUGUUAUGAAAUAAUUGUUUUAGAAACUAAAAUACGUGAACUCUUAAAGGACAUCGGUGUGAAUUAUUUUAGUUUGUCGACUAAUAGCAGCACAUUGAAAUGUACUAUGCAUUGUAAUAGUGAUAUCGAUUUAAACGUCGAAGAUAGCAUCGCGUCGUUAUUAGGCUUCGAUAAGCGUAUUUUGGUACGCAAUCAUAGACACGAGUCCGAUCGCGUGGUGAAAAUUAUGAACGUUAAUACGAUAAAAGUCGAAUGUAACUUGGCUCUAGGCUCAUUCAACAACGGACGGCAAUCGCAUACGAUACAUGAAUUUUAUCCGAUCGUGCCACCCGGUUAUAAAAUAGUUGAAAUACCUAAAUAUAGUGUGCUGUAUAAACUGAAAACAAGCACGAUUGAUUUCGUACGAGUUUCAUUGACCGACCAAGACGGAAAGUUGAUUAAUUUCCGCGGCGAAGCUGUAAACAUCAAACUGCUUAUAAAAAAUGGGUUUGAAAUUUAA